GUGGCCGCUCUCAGGUUUCUCUCUGUUGUAACUGAUUUGAACUUUAAUUUUACAUCAAAAAAGCACGCCAAUUGGAAAUUAACCGAAGUUAAAACGCUGUAUUUGCUCUCAGGAUUUAAACGCUCAGUGACUUUCAACCGACAGUUGAUUUGCUGGGUAAGGCUUGAGCAUGGAGCAACUGCAGACAGCAUUGACCGCUAUCAAGGUGCUCCGUUCCAACGUUGGACAAGUGUUUGAUUCCCUUGGAAAUGGCUUACGGGCAGAGCAUGGAGAGGAGAAUAAAGAAUCCAAGUAUUUGUUCGAGUUACAGGAACUGUUGACCACUGUGAAUGUUAAUUUGAGAGACGUAGAACAGGCAAUAAGUUGUUUAAAUCCUCCACCAGGUCCGUUUAAUUUAGCUAGCACGACUUACCUUAGUCAGGAGACUACGCAAGAAAGGCAGGCGUUGUAUAGCACACUCGUUAACAGUUACAAAUGGACAGAUAAGAUUCACGAAUAUAGUAACGUUGCUCAAUCCUUGCUCAGCCAAAACUCGCUAAAGAGAUCUUACACAAGUUCAAGUAGAACAAAAAGAGGAAGAUACCAAACCAGCAAUCAUAAUGUACCUCAGGCGCAAGUUGAUUCUAUGAUAUCAACAUUUGAUCGACUAUUCAACGAUAUGACGGUAUCCGUGUCUCGUCCAUUUGCAUCGAAUGCAGUGUUACAUGUUACACUGGGACAUGUCUUAAAAGCAGUGAUAGCGUUUAAGGGGUUGAUGAUCGAGCGGGUGGUAGUCAAGGGUUAUGGUGAAACGAUGGACCUUUGGACGGAGUCUAGACAUAAAGUCUUCCGUAAAGUAACGGAAAACGCGCAUGCCGCGAUGUUGCACUUCUAUUCGCCUACGUUACCCGAGUUAGCAGUGCGAUCAUUUAUGACAUGGUUUCAUAGUUUAAUCAAUUUAUUCAGCGAACCGUGCAAACGCUGCGGCUUGUAUUUGCACAGUGCGCUUCCGCCGACUUGGAGAGACUUCCGAACUUUGGAGCCUUAUCAUCAGGAGUGCAAACCAUAAGAUACAAGUUUCUCGAAACUUGUGUUUUAAAUAAGUAAUCAAUCUUCGCAGGUACACUUCAUCGAUAAUGUACAGUAAUAAAGCGUAAUGACAUUUGAUACUUAUAUUUUUCGUGAAUGCAUUUAUUAGUUGGAAUAUUGUAUUGUAUAU